AUGGCGGCCGAUUACAUGCCAUUCAAAGAAACAUUUGAUGAUUUCAAAAAUACACCUCGCUAUAGGCCACAUCUACAACAUCAGUGGCAAUUUGAACGGGAUCAAGACCCUAGCAUCGUUCCCGGCUUCCCUCAAAGACAAAUCAUUAAGAAAUAUGCAGGAGCCAAUUUUCGUUGUGGAUAUAAAGAUUGUGGUCACGAAUGGUUCAGUAAAGCGCAUUCAACUAUCUUAUUCCAAUAUGAUCCGAUUUCUCACAGGAUUAAAUGGAGAAAGUUUGGACAGAAAUGUCGUCAAUGUCAUCGAUCAGAAUAUCAUCAAGCUCAUUAUGGCGAUGAACAAAUUGAACGAACGAUAGAUUAUUUACUUAAAAAAUUGAUAUUGAAAGUGUACAAUAUAAAUCUGACAGUCGAUCCGCCUCAGCUGAAUUACAACAAUAAUCGUGGUGAUGAUUUGGCAUGUUAUUGUGAAGCAUGCAUGUCCGGUAAUUACUGUCGAAAACAAGAUUAA